GAACGCACCCGACGCUCAUGACGCAAUCACGUCAGACCGUUCCCCGGAUGAAGCCGAGUUGUUAUGACAACGACGGUCAACGCACACCAAACGCUUGAAGAGUUUGAUUCAUGGACGCCGGGGCGAGCGCGUACCUUAUAAGACCGAAUUAUAAAGACAAGUUCAAGGCGGUUCUGGCGAAAGAGUGUAUAGGAGAAAUCCUGCGGGAGCAGCUGUAUGGAGCGCAGUAUGAUCCGGAGGAGGCUCCCGCGUUAUCCAGAGCUCUAGCAGACUCCAUUAAAAAAAAAAUCGUUGUGUUUUCAGAUGUGGGCUUUGACAGAUACAAGCUCGUCGUGCAGGUGGUCGUUGGAGAGCAGCGUGGAGAGGGAGUCAAGAUGGCUGCACGCUGCUUCUGGGAUGCAGAUACAGACAGCUAUGCUCAAGAUAUAUUUAUGAAUGACAGCUUGUUCUGUGUGGCUGCUGCGUUUGGUGUGUAUUAUUACUGAAGACACACAGAAGAUGUGCUGAGGACCAAACAUUUGUAGUUGAUUUUACAGUAGAUUUUUUUGUUAUAUAUAUAUAAUAUAUAUAUAUAUAUAUAUAUAUAUAU